AUGGCUGCCAAGAUCUCUUCGAACGCUACUUUUCAAACGAGGGAAAAACCUCAAGAGGUGCGUAAAGCCAAUAUAAUUGCGGCUCGUGCUGUUGCAGAUGCUAUCCGUACUUCAUUGGGACCAAAAGGUAUGGAUAAGAUGAUUAAAACUUCUAGGGGUGAAAUUAUCAUCUCCAAUGAUGGUCAUACUAUUUUGAAACAGAUGGCUAUCUUACAUCCUGUCGCGAAAAUGCUGGUGGAAGUCUCUGCCGCACAGGAUUCUGAAGCUGGUGAUGGGACAACUUCUGUGGUUAUCCUUACUGGUGCUCUUUUGGGUGCAGCUGAGAGAUUACUCGGGAAAGGUAUUCAUCCUACUAUAAUUGCAGAAUCUUUCCAGAGCGCUGCACAAAAAUCUGUCGAAAUUCUUUUGGAGAUGUCUCACAAGGUUUCCUUGGAAGAUAAGGACGAUUUGGUGAGAGCUGCAUCUACUUCGUUGAGUUCUAAGAUCGUUUCCCAAUUCUCUAGCUUUUUGGCUCCUUUGGCCGUCGAUUCUGUGCUGAAGAUCUCCGAUGAAAAAUCCAAGACUGUAGAUUUAAAUGAUAUUCGUUUGAUUAAGAAAGUUGGUGGAACUAUCGACGAUACCGCCAUGGUAGAUGGGGUUGUUUUGACGCAAAAUGUGAUUAAGAGUGCGGGAGGUCCUACUAGAGUGGAGAAAGCUAGAAUAGGUUUAGUUCAAUUCCAAAUUUCUCCCCCAAAACCAGAUACUGAGAACAACAUUGUUGUAAGUGAUUAUAGACAAAUGGAUAAGAUCUUGAAGGAGGAAAGAGCAUACUUGUUGAACAUUUGUAAGAAGAUAAAGAAGAGCAAAUGUAACGUUCUAUUGAUACAAAAGUCGAUUUUGAGAGAUGCAGUCAAUGAGCUGGCACUACACUUCCUAGCCAAACUAAAUAUCAUGGUCAUCAAGGAUAUUGAGAGGGAAGAAAUUGAGUUCUUGUCGAAGAGUUUGGGCUGUAAGCCAAUCUCUGAUAUUGAACUAUUUACUGAGGAUAGGUUAGGUUCAGCGGACUUGGUCGAGGAAAUCGAAAGUGACGGCUCUAAAAUCGUAGAGUUUACAGGUGUGAAAAGCGAUAAAGCUAAGCCAACUGUCUCUGUGAUCAUCCGUGGCGCUAACCAAAUGAUUCUAGACGAAACUGAGCGUUCUUUGCAUGAUGCUCUAUGUGUCAUUCGUUGUCUGGUUAAGCAAAGAGGGUUGAUUGCUGGUGGUGGUGCCCCAGAGAUUGAGAUUUCUCGUAGAUUGACCAAAGAGUCGCGUGCCAUGGAAGGCGUUGAAGCAUUCAUUUGGCAAGAGUUUGCCCAGGCGUUGGAAGUCAUUCCAACUACGCUAGCCGAGAAUGCUGGUCUAAACAGUAUCAAAGUGGUCACAGAACUGCGUUCGAGACAUGAAGGAGGUGAAGUGAAUGAUGGUAUUUCCGUGAGGCGUUCAGGUACCGCUAACACAUUCGAGGAGCAUAUUCUACAACCAGUACUAGUCAGUACAAGUGCCAUAACGCUUGCAUCAGAAUGUGUAAAAUCGAUAUUACGUAUCGAUGAUAUUUGCUUUAGUCGUUAA